GAUGAAACUUCCACUCCUGACUCCUCAAACCCCCCAAGCACCCAACAUCCAGUAGCCGCUGUAGCUGUUGCCAACCCGGCAUAAAUGCCUACAGCACCCGGGCAGGACCGGACAGAAUCGCCCGCGGAUUAUUCCCGUCGCUCCACGGGAGGGAUUUAUGGUGGUGUCGCGCAGCAGACCGGUGGGAGAUCGCGCUCAUUCCGCACAACGGUUUAUCCGAUGCAUGAGACGACGGCUCGCGCUCUCGGCCAGCGACGCAGUCACGCAGAUUAACGGAUCAGGAUUUUGACUGCCGGGACAAAUGAAUACAAAUGAAUUUAGCGACCCGAAGGAGAGUCCGCAGAACCUCUCGUCUGGUGGCAAAGAGAGCUCUUCUUCUGUGUAUUCUACUUUACUGUACUUCUUUUGGACUCACCCAAGUACACUUUGAAGAUGUGGACGUGUUGCAGCGGUUGGCUCUGCGUGCUGAGCUUGGUUCUCGCGCCGUUCCCGCUGGCGUCAUCUCCCUCCGCUCUGGAGUCAUCCUUACAACACGGGCACGAGUUACAACGGCGACCCGCUCCGUGUUCCCACCAGAACUCUUCUGGAACUGCACUAUCGUCCUGAGCGUCCGAUCUCACCGCUUAAACUCAGCCUAUCUCUUCUCCGUCCUAUCCGGGCAUCGGAUUCAGCUCGGGCUGGAAAUUUCGCCCGGCAAGCUAACGCUUCACGCCGGCCCCGGGAAUACGGCGGUCUUCCCGUACGACCUCCACGAUGGGCGCUGGCAUCAUUUAGCUUUCGUUUUAAACGGCCAAUCAGUGACCCUACACUCUCCCUGCUCGGAGAGCGAUGGCGGAGUUACGCAGAAACUCCCCGUACUUCCCGAACGCCUGAACCCUCGUGGAACCUUCCGCUUGGGCGGCACCAGCGCUUUGCUUCCGGGUGUGGUACCCUUCGAGGGAGCGGUUUGCCAGUUUGAUGUAGUGCCCUCGGCACAAGCGCAGCAGAACUACUGCAGCGCCAUCCGCAGGCAGUGCAGAGAAAAUGACACCUACAGGCCAGCGCCUCCCGCUCUACUUCCCCUCCCAUCCCGACACGCCCCACCACUAUUGGCCCACACUUUACCACCUAAUCGCACUUUCACUUUCACUCCCACUAAUUUCCUUUGGACUUCCAUAAAUGGCGCAGGAGGGUCUUCUGCUGUGAGAACGAGCGAUGGUGUACGACCAAAACCCACGUCUACCACACCUCCACCCCUUUCCUUGAUGCAAACGGGACUUGAAGCUCCUUUAUCAGGGGGAUAUUUAAAUUCUGUCACCCCCAAACCCACUCUCAGGACACCCAAAAACCCCAAGCCGACUGCCUCAAAGCCUGCAGCAGUCCGGCUUACCCCUACAAAACCAGAUGGAUCCAAACCCAGUCCAGGAAAAACAUCUACAAAGCUUAGUGCAACAAAGCCUUCUGGACCAAAGCCCACAAAUGCUCGACCUACUUCUUCCAAACCUGGAAGUUCAAAAACAACUGCUCCCAAACCUACACCACCGAAACCUUCCAAACCAGCAGCUGCAAAACCCACAGUAAAGAAACCAACUCUUGCUCCAAAGCCCACCAAGAUCAACCCAACGAAGGAUACUUCUACUGGUGCUCAACCUGUCAAUCCUAACAAGAAACCCAACACCAGUCUAAAACCGUUAUCCGACCCAGAACCGACCGCCCCCAAAAAACCCUCGCCAACCAACAAAAAGCCACUCCAGCCCAAAACCAGCACUCAGCGCUCACCCCAAACCACACUCCCAACCUCAAAAUCCACCGCCGCCCCAAACCCUACAACCAAAAAAACCCUUCCGACCCCUAAAUCUGCUCCGUUCACCACCGCUGCACCCAACAAACCUCCAAAAACUCUGGAAACCCCCAAAGUCAAUCUUGACAAGCCAAAAACACCUGUCACACCAAGCACUCCAAGGUUUGCUGUCCAAUCUGUGACCGUCCCAGAUUUCAACGAUUUCCAGAGCUUCGAGGCAGAUCCGACGUUCCAUUCGCUUCUGGUUGGACCGCCAGGACAAAAAGGAGACCCUGGGAAUACGGGAAUCCCGGGACCUCCAGGGAAACCAGGGCAGCCGGGGCUAAGAGGACCUCGGGUGAGUGGACCCCCAGGGCCACACGGCAAGCCAGGUCGACCCGGUCCACCAGGGUUGAAGGGGAAGAAAGGAGACCCUGGACUCUCUCCUGGAAAAGCACCGAAAGGAGAAAAAGGAGACGUUGGUCUGCUUGGCCCCGUUGGUUUAGUCGGGCCGGAAGGCCGUAAGGGACAAAAAGGCCAUCCAGGACCACCAGGCCUUCCCGGGGAGCCAGGGGAACAAGGUCCUGUUGGAGAAGCUGGAGCCAAAGGCUAUCCUGGCAGGCAGGGUUUACCUGGUCCAAUAGGGCCUGUUGGGCCAAAAGGGGCUCGGGGUUUCAUUGGUAUUCCUGGACUUUUUGGUUUACCUGGAGCUGAUGGUGAAAGAGGUAGUCCUGGUCCACCGGGGAAGAGGGGCAAGAUGGGUAGGCCGGGUUUUCCUGGUGAUUUUGGAGAGAGAGGUCCACCAGGACUUGACGGGGAACCAGGUGUAAUAGGAGCUCCUGGUCCUCCUGGUGUCCUUGGAUUGAUUGGUGAUAUGGGCCCUGCUGGGAUAAUCGGUUUGCCAGGACCAAAUGGACUCAAAGGCGUCCCAGGGAACAUGGGCGAGCCCGGACUGAAAGGUGAUAAGGGUGACGUUGGGCUUCCCGGAGAGCAAGGGGAAAUUGGGUUCCCAGGAGACAAGGGUGUCCAGGGUUUGCCAGGAUUACCAGGACCUCGUGGAAAACCAGGACCACAGGGCAAGACAGGAGAGAUAGGACCCAGUGGAUUAGCAGGCCCACCAGGACCCGAGGGUUUUCCUGGUGACAUCGGAAAACCUGGACUCAAUGGACCUGAAGGCCCAAAGGGUAAGCCUGGAGCCAGAGGUUUACCUGGACCUCGUGGAGCGGCUGGACGAGAGGGCGAUGAGGGUCCUGUAGGACCACCGGGGCCAGUAGGACUCGAGGGUUUGAUGGGCAAUAAGGGUUUCCCUGGGGCUGCUGGGCCUGAAGGGGUCAAAGGCGAGCCGGGUGUCACGGGAAAGGCUGGACCCAUGGGUGAGAGGGGUCUCGUUGGCUUCAUCGGUCCUGCAGGGGAAGGUGGACUAGCCGGAGAGAAGGGUGAUCGUGGAGAGAUGGGAUUGCCCGGACCUCCAGGAGAGAAAGGAUCUACGGGGCACCCAGGAACCCCUGGAGAGAGCGGACUACCAGGACCACCAGGCAGUCCAGGCCCACCAGGAUCACGUGGACCCAUCGGUGUGAGAGGACCUAAAGGAAGACGGGGUCCUAGAGGUCCGGACGGUAUACCAGGAGAACUCGGCGCAGAAGGCAAAAAGGGUCCUGAUGGUCCUCCAGGAAAAAUCGGUUUCCCAGGACAAGCGGGGAAGAUCGGCGAACCUGGGGAGGCGGGGCCAAAAGGAUUUCCGGGCAUUCAAGGGCCAUCUGGGGCUACGGGAGACAAAGGAAUCGCAGGGGAGCCAGGACCUCCAGGGCCCCCAGGAACACUCGGGCCUCCCGGAAAUCCAGGGCCAAAGGGUCCUGCGGGAACAGUUGGCGAUCCCGGGCUUCCAGGAGAACCUGGGGAAAAGGGGUCACUCGGGCUUGCGGGGAACGCUGGGGCGGCAGGACUAAUUGGAACGAGGGGAGAGCCGGGUUUAGAGGGAGAGGCUGGUCCAGCUGGCCCUGAUGGUGCCAAGGGUGAUAAAGGCGACAUGGGCGGAGAGGGCGAGCAGGGUGUCAGAGGUGACCCUGGAAUCAAGGGGAAAGAAGGGCCACCGGGCGAUCUUGGCCUUACGGGCGUCAGAGGUCCUGAAGGAAAAUCUGGUAAAAAUGGCGAGAGAGGGAAACCAGGUUUUAAGGGUGCCAAAGGUAACAUCGGCCACCUGGGAGAGACUGGAACCAUGGGAAAGAUCGGACCAAUCGGAACCACUGGACCAAAGGGCUCGCGAGGAACCAUCGGACAUGUGGGCGCUCCUGGGCGUAUGGGGCUUCAGGGUGACCCGGGCAUAUCAGGAUAUGAGGGUCACAAGGGACCUCAAGGUCCAAUAGGACCCCCGGGACCAAAGGGUGAAAAGGGUGAACAUGGGGAUGAUGGGAAGGUGGAGGGUCCUACCGGUCCUACAGGUCUCCGAGGUCCAAUUGGAAAGCGUGGGGACAGGGGCGAACCGGGAGAUCCAGGAUAUGCGGGUCAGCAAGGUGUUGAUGGUUUUCGAGGCAAACCUGGUGCUCCUGGACUCCCUGGUGAUCCUGGUCCACGUGGGAUACAAGGCCUCAAAGGAUCCAAAGGAGAACAGGGUCAGAAGGGCAAACAGGGACAGCAGGGUGAGCGUGGCAGCAGAGGCUCACCGGGUGUUGUUGGGUUGCCCGGCCCAAGAGGCACAGUGGGUCGAGAAGGACAGGAGGGCGUUCCUGGCAUGGAUGGGAUUCCAGGGAAAGAUGGAAGCAGAGGAAUACCAGGCGAUCAGGGAGAUGAUGGCGAGUUUGGUUUGCCUGGUAAACCUGGUGCACCUGGCAAAGUUGGCGUUAUUGGUUUACCUGGCCCACAGGGAUCAUUUGGUCCAAAGGGUGAGAGGGGCCUUCCUGGUCACCCUGGCCCUUCAGGAAAGAGAGGUUUUAAGGGAGGAAUGGGUCUUCCUGGAUCUCAGGGAGACCGGGGUUCUAAGGGCCAACCUGGUGACAUUGGGGAACCCGGUUUUCCAGGGAUGCUGGGAAUGUUUGGACCGAAGGGGCCUCCAGGAGACUUUGGACAGAAGGGCAUUCAGGGGCCCAAAGGGCCACAGGGCAGCAUGGGUAGAGGGGGUCUAGCUGGACCUGUCGGUGUGAUUGGCCCUAUCGGUAGUGCAGGCCCAAGAGGAGACACUGGCAGCAAAGGAGAGAUGGGUGUUCAGGGACCUCGAGGUGCUCCUGGACCACGUGGACCUCCCGGACCUCCGGGUCCACCGGGAAUCCCACUGGCUAUGAAACAGGAUUUUGGUCUUGGACUGGCCCAGCCAGUUUAUAGGGAGACACACACACACAAAAUAGAGGGUGUUUUAAAGGCUGCCUCAAUGCUCUCUCAGGGUCGGGGUUUGAUGGACAUGCCCAUGUUGGAUCAGGCUCCAGAGAUCCUGCGGACUCUUCAUUAUCUGAGCUCUCUGGUCCACAGCCUGAAGAACCCACUGGGCACACGAGAUCAUCCCGCUCGACUCUGCAAGGACCUGCACGAUUGCCGGGACACGCUCUACGAUGGCACUUAUUGGAUCGACCCAAAUCUGGGCUGCUCCUCAGACUCUAUAGAAGUGACGUGCAAUUUCACCGGUGGCGGACGCACCUGCCUCAGGCCCAUCACCACAGCUAAGCUGGAGUUCAGCGUUGGACGCGUCCAGAUGAACUUCCUGCAUCUGCUGAGCGCUGGAGCAGAGCAACGAAUCACUAUCCACUGCUUGAACGUGACAAUCUGGAGCCACGCCCCCUCCGAGCCUCCGUCCCAGAAUGCAGUUCAGUUCCAGGCGUGGACCGGAGAGACGCUGGAGCCGGAUGUGUUGGCAGACACCUGCUGGCAACUGAACGGGCGCUGGCAACACGCUGACUUCCUAUUCCGGGUGUCGGACCCCGCCUUACUUCCUGUCGUACGCAUAAGCAACCUACCAAAGACCACGGCCUCAUCUCGCUUUCACCUAGAAGUCGGACCUGUGUGCUUCCUGUAGUGUGUGUGUGAGAUUGUGAGUGUGUGUGCGCGCGCUCGUCAAACACACACAAGCCCCGCCCACAGCCCGCCCCCUUCGUCAUUCAGCCACUGAUUGGACUGCAGAAACCGAAAGAGGUGGUGUGGGCGGGGCUUUGGGGGAUUUAGCACUAGAGACUCCUACAGUCUAAAGGAAACCCCGCCCCUACCAGCCGUGGAUGUCCAAUCAGAUUUGACAAGCCAAUCAUCUCGCAGGGACGAACACUCAGGACAUCCGGGCCGGAGAAACUGCCAAGCCCUCUGUCUCUGUCUUUUUCUCUUCCUCUCUCAGGCUGUUUCUUUGGUGCUUGCUCUCUUUCAAAUUAAUAAUAAUAAUAAGUUAUUAUAAUACUUGUACUUUUAUAAUAAGAAUCAAGUUUAUUGAAGAGAUGAAUUAAGAUCAUUGGGAGGUAUUAUAUGUACAUAUACACUUAUUGUUUAUCGGAUCUUUUAUAUGGUAAUUUUGUCACGUGUAAAAAAGAAAAAAAGAAAUGCUAAAGUGCAAUAGGAAAACAAAGAAAAAAUAAUUGAUUAUUGAUUAUAUAUUAAGUGUGUGUCUCAUUAAGGAAGGUUUUUCAGGGGUGUUGUCAUUCAAACGUGUCAUUUUUAACACUCCAUCAGACAGGGAAGUGUGUGUGUGUUUGUGUAAAUGAGUUUUGGAAGUGACUGUGUGUGUGUGUGUGUUUAUGUGACGGAUCAGUAAACAAGUGAAGGUGCAUUUUUCUAUCAAACGUACAGACACACCCGUGCAUAUCAACAUACAUGACCCUUGUUUUUAAAACAGCCUGUCACUUUAAGGGGGCGUGUCUCAAUCAAAUGGGUGUGUCUUGUUCAAAGGGUUUAUAAAGGUGAAUCCCUCAUGAAAACACCUCUGGGUCAUGUUUCACCCAAAAAGAAAACAUAUUUUUAUUGAUUGUGAGAUUUUUGUGACAAGCACAUUUUCAUGACAUUUUUAUAAAAACUAUGAUUGUCAUCACAGAAAUAGAUACAUUUUGAAUUGCUGAAACAUUACAGCAUAACAGUAAUGAGUAUUUCUGGGAAAAAAAAAAAGUUUAAUUUUUAUUAAAUAAUAACAAAAUGCAAAAUUAAACCUAAAAGGCUCUUUUUUUUACUAUGCAAAGUGUACUUUUUAUUUCUUUUUUUGUAAUUUAAAGUUUUAUUGAUUGAACCUUUUGACAAAGACAUUACUUAUGGAAGCUAAAUAAACAAAUAAAUACAGGUCACAAUUGGGAUGAUAUUAACUCGAAAUCCUAUAUAAAAUUACAAGAAAAUUACGAAUUCUGACUUUUCGGAAUUUUGAGUUUACAUCUCGCUAUUUUUGCUAUUUUUUUCGCCACUAAAUAAAAAUAAAAACGGUACAGUAAAUGUGAAUUUUUGUCUCAUAAUUCAGAAUUAUAAGGAUAUUAACUCAAAAUCCUGAAUUAAAAUUGCAAAAUGAAAAGAAAAUGACAAUGACAAAAUGACUUUUUCGGAAUUUUACGUUUUUUGCUUCUGCCACUGAAUAAAAAUAAAAACGGUAUAGUAAAUGUGAUUUUUUUUUUUUCUCAUAUAGAAAAACUCUCAUCACUCGAAAUUCUGAAUAAAACAAAAUCAAAAUUCCUAGAAAAUUCAGAAUUCUGACUUUUUUGGAAUUUUGAGUUUGUCUCACUAUUUUUGCCUUUUUUUUCAGCACUAAAUAAAAUUAAAAUUGUAUAGUAAAUGUGAAUUUUUAUCCUAUAAUUCAGAAUUAGGAGGAUAUUAACUCGAAAUCCAGAAUAAAAAAAUUCAAAAUGAAAAGAAAAUUACAAAUUCUGACUUUUUUGGAACUUUGAGUCUACGUCUCACUAUUUUCUUGCAAUUUUUGUUUCCGCCACUGAAUAAAAUUAAAAACAGUAGAGUAAACAUGAGUUUUUGACUCAUAAUUCAGAAUUUUGUUCUUGUAAUUGGGUUUAUAUCUCACAAUUCUAACUGCGAGACACAAAUCUAAAAUGUGACAUAAAAAUAUGUCAGCAGUUUAUGUAUUUGUUUUGAUUUUUGGGUAAAAUAUGACUCAUAUGUGUUCUUGACAGGUUUUUGUGAGAUUCACCCAUUAAUGGUUUAUCUGGGUAACAAUGGUGCUAAUUUGAAGCUGUUGUGAAGUCGAUGCUUUUGUUUAGUGCCCGUGUUAUUCUGAAUUAUGAUGUUAGUGUGAAUUUUGUGUAUUUUAAAGGUGCUCUCAGAAAUACAAGCCAAAAUGUGUGUUAUCUGGAGGUGUCAUUUAGUCUGAGCGUCUGCAGCACAUCUGCGCAGACCUGCGUGUUGAAUGCACAAUGAUAAGCUUGUGUGCUUUCCUCUGUGGUACAGAACAGUUUUGUACUUUCACCUCACUAGCACAAACAUCAACGAAUGCCUUUUGUAAGGGAAAACAUUUCUGUCAUCAGAAAGUUGCAAAUAUUGGUUGUAAUCUCGAUGCAAACGAUUCCCUACAGCAAGGAAACGGCAGUGGUGUUCUGUUCGAAGCUUUUUGUUUCUUUAUUCUUCAUGACCGUGUGUAUAAUUCUGCAGGCUUUGAUGUAUACAGUGAGUCCCUUUUGCUAAUUUAAUGUUAUUUAAAUGUUACAAACGCGCUUUUAACCAAAUUCUCUGUUGUGACAGAGUUUCUCUCCAGGUAACUUAAUUAUCCGUAUGCCAACUGCUUUUACGGUUGAUAGAUUUAUUUUAUGUGUAAAUUUGGGGUUCCAGAGAACAAUAUAUUGCUUUUUUCGAUCUGUUUUUAUUUUUCUAUCCUGUUUAUUUUUGUCUAUAUUAUUAAUAAUAAUAAUAAUAAUCUAAAGUCGUACUGUACCAGGACUGUGUUCUAAUAUUAUUUCUAAAGUUCUAAGAUGAAUUUUAAAACAUGUGAACGUUCAGUGUCAGAAGGUUGGAAUUCUGAUUACCUCAAUGCUCUGCCAUUCCUGUUUGUGAAAAUUCACCUCUCAAAUUUAAGGCUCAGUAAUCUCAUGUCUGUCGGCUUCAUCGUAAUCAGUUUCUUCUCUGAACACGUCCUCCGUUUUGCUCAAUGUUGUUCUUUGCGUCAGUUUUCCGUACUUGGUUAAAUAUGUGGAUUCUAAAUUGGAAUUAAUGCUUACAUACCCAAUAAAGAUG